CCCCUCUAUACAAAAGUUGUCCAAAAUUAGGGUACAGAUUCAGAGUGAGAAGCGCCCAUCGAAGAUGAAGAGAAUUCCUUUGAGUUACUGCUCCAAUGGUAUCCCUUUUCUCUCUUUCUUUACUAAUUCCAUUUCUGGUUCGGCAUUUACAGUUGUUAGACCUUAUUCUUCAUCCCAUACUAAUACAGUAAACGAGAAUGUCAAGUGUUUAGAUGAUGCUGUUAUUGUCUUCCAUCAAAUGGUUAGGAUGAAGCCUCUUCCUUCUCUUGUUGAAUUUUCUAAAUUAUUUAACACUAUGAUAAAUAGGAAGCAUUACUCUCCUGUCGUUUCUCUUUUUAGAGAAAUGCAGAAAUUGGGUAUCCCAACUAGUGAUUUCAUUUUGAAUAUCGUGAUUAACAGCUAUUGCCUGAUGCAUCGUGCUGAUUGUGGGUUUUCGGUGUUACCCAUUUACCUCAAGAAGGGUAUUCCAUUUGAUACCGUCACCUUUACCACACUAAUAAGGGGAAUCUUUGCUGAAAAUAAGGUCAAAGAUGCUGUAGAAUUGUUCAAAAAGGUAGUGAGAGAGAAGAUUUGUGAGCCCAACCAAGUCACAUAUGCAACCGUAAUGAAUGGGCUCAGCAAAAGAGGGCAUACUCAGAAGACUUUAAGUUUGCUAUGGUUAAUGGAACAGGGGAACACUAAGCCCAACAUAUUUAACUACAACAUCGUCAUAGAUGCCCUUUGCAAAGAUGGGAACUUAGAUGCUGGUAUCGGCCUUAUGAAUGAGAUGAAGCAGAAAGGCAUUCCUCCAGACAUAGUCACGUAUAAUUCAUUGAUUGAUGGUUUGUGUAAGCUUGGUCAGUGGGAUAUGGUUAGGACUUUGUUCUCUGAGAUGGCCUUGAACCUUAAUAUUUAUCCAGAUGUGCGCACCUUCAACAUAGUGAUAGAUGGACUAUGUAAAGAAGGGAAAGUUGUAGAUGCCGAGGAAUUAAUGAAACUCAUGGUGGGAAAAGGUGUAGAGCCUGAUAUAAUCACCUACAAUGCGUUGAUGGAUGGAUAUUGUUUGCGUGGUCAACUUGAUGGAGUAAGGAGAAUUUUUGAUAUCAUGAUAGAUAAGAAUAUUGAGCCUGACAAUAUUAGCUAUAACAUACUAAUAAAUGGAUAUUGUAAGAAAAAGAAACUGGUCGAGGCCAUGCUAUUGUUUUGUGAAAUUUCUCAAAAGGGAUCAAAGCCUGAUGUUGUUACCUACAAUACUAUCUUGCAAGGUUUGUUUGAAGUUGGAAGAAUUGGCGAUGCGGAAAAAAUUUAUGCCGAGAUGCUAUCCACGGGCACCAUACCUGGUAUAUCCACACAUAACACUUUGCUCAAUGGUUAUUUUAAGUAUGGGCUUGUUGAAGAAGCUAUGUCACUCUUUAAAAAGUUGGAAAGAAAGAGAGAAGAUACUAGUAUUGCAAUUUACAAUGUUGUUAUUAAUGGAUUGAGCAAAAAUAGUAAACUCAGAGAAGCUUAUGCCGUUUUUGAGAAACUUUAUUUCAUUGGAUUGCUUCCGGAUGUGAGAACAUACAAUGUAAUGAUAAAUGGAUUUUGUCUUGAAGGGUUGUUUGAUGAAGCUAAAGAUAUUCUAAAAAAAAUGGAAGACAAUGGUUGCUUUCCAGACAAUGUCACUUACAAUGUUAUUGUGCAAGGAUUUCUCAGGUGCAACAGAAUUAGUGAAAUGGCACUUUUCAUGAAGGAAAUGGCUGAAAGGGACUUCUCAUUUGAUGCAACUACAACUAAGUUUUUGUUAAAUGUUAUAAGGGUGAAUCCUUCCGUCCUCGAUAUGAUACCAGAGCUUCGCUCGGAAAAAAACCAGUGAACAUUUCUUUCACUUGGUUUAUUUGCCUAAACUGCCACUAUUAUACAAUUUCCUUCUUAUUGGGACGUAUUUUCAUUUCUUCCACUAUUAUUACUGUGUAAGUUAAAGAAGACUAUAUUACACUAGUUUCUAAAAGAAUUCUGAUUUUUCAGUAUGAAUUCUGCAGAUGACUUGUCAUGUAAGUUAUCUUAUGAUUUGCUGUGUCCUUUCUGAUACUAAGUUCGUAUCUAAAGCUUUUAGUACUUAUUUUCUUUUGGGCCUUUCUAUAAGGGUGAACUAAUUAACUUGCUCUUGAACUCAGAAUUUCAUUAGUAUUUUCUUAUUGUUUAUGUUCCAAUGGAAGAUGUGUCAUUCUUCCAUUAGAAAGCCCUACUUUUUUUAGUAUUUGUCAAAAGAAGUGCCUUAAAUUGUUACCAAAUGACAUAAAAACAACCAUUAUUUUGCUAGUAAAGGCGCUAUUAUGGGUUGUUUAUGAGUUAUGACUUAUCACUGAUGUGGGGAUAGAGCUACAAGUUUAAACUUGU